GGCAGGGGGAAGGAGAGGAUGCUGUCCGGAGAGCCAGCCUCCCAGAGCUGAGCUGAGGAGGCCUACGAGGAUCCGAGGAUCCGAGGAUUCCGGUGCUCUCCUGUCAUUGCGGGGUCGUGGGUGCUGUUCCAGCCCUGCUUGAUUACAGCAGCCACCUGCAGUGCUUUUCACAUCCGAUAGCAGGGCGAAAAUGAGAUCGAGAAGAUAACGGUGUGCACCGUCGCCUCUUCUAGUCCGCGUUGUAGUGACAAUAGGAAGAGCGAAAGGCAUGUGACGGGAGAGCAAGAAGCAAAGUACCACUGUUUACAGUCACAGCAUAGCGUUCAAAGAAAACCCACAACAUCCCAUGACGAGACUAUCGGCCUUCAUAUUGUUGGCUCAGAGACUCCCCGAGAGCAAGACAUGGGCCAACGGUGAUGGAAGGGUAGUCCAGUGCCCCCGAGGAAAAUCACAAUGGGGCCGCCAGAGGAAGAACCGAGAUCUGGGGAGUCAAACAACAGCCGAGCAAGUAACCAAUACGGUAACAGCACAGGACGACAGAGCUGCGAGAGACCCCCGGGAUGUCAUUCAAGCUUGGGAAACUCAGACGUGGAGGGGAGGAAGGUCCCUGCAGGAGGAUCCAGGCUUCCAGCUGCGGGUGCAGGGCACGGUGACAGUGCAGGAGGGCCUGUGCGUGCUGGUGCCCUGCUCCUUCUCCUACCCCUCGCGGGUUUGGUCUUCCUCGGGGCAGCUCUUCAUCUCCUGGUUCCGAGCCAGGAGCUACAUGAACUGUGAUGAACCCGUGGCCACAAACGACCCAGACCACAAAGUGAAGCCAGAGACCAAGGCUCGAUUCCAGCUUGUGGGGAAAGUCAAGAGCAGAGACUGCUCCGUGAGCAUUAGAGACGCCAGGAUGGAGGACGAGGGAACUUACGCCUUCACAAUAGACACGAGAAAGAUAAAAUAUACGUAUGCAGAUCAGAGGCUGAAUGUGCAGGUGACAGGACCACAACACCAGCCUCACCUGCCAGGUGCAGCUCGCAGGAGCUUGGGCGACCACGGAGAGGACCAUCGGGCUCCGUGUCUCCUCUGCCCAGCAGUGGGACUCCUGGCCCCUGGUCCUCAUGAUGAUGAGAGGGACCCUCAUGGGGGCCGGCUUCCUGCUCACCUACGGCCUCACCUGGAUCUACUGCACCAGGCAGAGCAGAGCCAGGUUUUGUGGAGCCAGACAUUCACACUUUGGAUAAAGAAACAACUCAACCGGACACUAGCUAAGGUGGAAAGGACGACUCCUGGGAGUCCUGGGGAAAGCGUCACUGCUGUGCACAGGGAAGGAUACCAGGCUCAGCUGUGCACGCUCAGGAGAAGGAGCGGGGCACAGCGAAGGCGCAGUGGGGCAGGAGCGGCCGAAGUGAGCAGGUGGAGGAGGCUGAGAGGACAGAUGGAGAGAGGGAGCAUUAUCGCUAGGGCGGCUUGACAGGUGCUCGAAUCCGGCAGAGGCCGUCAGGUGCCCAGGGCAGGUGUUGGGGCGGUGUGGGGGGUCCGAAAUGGACUCAGGCCCGGUGCACCUGUGUAUACCUGCCGGUCCGCUCACAGGAGGCUCCUGCUCUACGUAGCUGUGUGGUACAGCAGCACCCUAACCCUCCACAGCUCGUGAGUCCCAGGAAUGACCAAUGCCAAACCUACGGCUGGGGCUGGAAAACGUGGCGGUCACCACAGCAGACACCUCCAGGUCCCAGCUUGUGUGUUGGGAAGCAGCACAAAAUGAUCACGUCGAAGUGAGUCCAGGACCAGCUGGGACCACUUUCAAAGUUGUCCGGGACCAGGGUAGGCCCGCUCAGAACGAACUGCCUAACAUUUGGCCAAGGAAAGUCUUUGUCACACUUUAGAGAAGGAAAAACCAAAAAAUUUGGCACGCGUGUGUUUUUUUCUCAGUUGGAAAAUAUGACAUCAGAGCCACAAAACCCCAAAUGCUGGAAGAUGACAAAACAUAAGCCCACUGGGAAGUGGGACACUAUUUUCACGAGUAGCAUAGGCUGUCCAUGCAGUACCCAGCACACUGGCCCUGAUCCUGCUCCCUAUACUGCUCAUCCACCUUGCUGUAGCUCACACUUGUGGCAGGGAAUUUCUGUGCGAGGAAUGGACGCGGAAGUCGGUGUUUCAUUUGGAAAGACCCACGGAUGUUCCUCUGACAGAGCUGGAAACACUCUUUAUUCCCACAACUUCAUA